UGCAGCGGUUCAGUCUGCACAGGCGGUGGGUGGGAGAGGAUGAGAGUACUGAGCUCCGGUCUGAAAAAACACUUGCAGCUACUUGGGAAUAUUUCACUCACGUAAAGAUCACUCUCACUUAUGAGCCUUUAUUUUUUUUCCCAUGUUUUUUGGGGCUUCUGCAUGCAACUGGAAAAUGAGCACCGACGCGUCAACUUGCUGACUCUUCGGCUCGUCCCGUGCACUUGUUGAGCGGCGGGGGCGGUGACAUCAUCACCAUCACAAGAGUCCAGCUGAGCCUCAGGCGUCUGCAGCCAUGAAAGACAACUACGGAGGAUAUGAGAACCAGCUUUUUAAAGAGGAGGAGCUCAAUGGCGAAGAGGAGGAAAUACCGCCGUUCAGAGGUCGCACGAGAGGUGGCUGCGUGAGGUGCCAGCAGAGCAAUUCCCUCCAACUGGCCGUCAAAGUCCUCGCGGCAUUUGUUGCAUUCCUCGUCAUCACUGUCACGGUGCUGGCCUCACUCGUGUUUAGGAAGGUUGACCAUCUUUCCGAGGAGGAGUCAGUCUAUGAUAAGAAGAUCACCAGGGCUCAGCAAGUAUUAGAAGAUCUGAGUAACUGCUCGGGCUGUCUGGAUGUCACUCUGUACAGUGAGGAGAUCAGCAGACUCAAGCAGGAGUUUGAGGACGUUCAAAAACUGUUACUAGGACAAGAGCAGGUCCUGGACCAAUCCUCUCGGACCCAGACCAAGCUAACAGCCACUAGCAACCAGCUGAGUCACGACAUGCAGAACCACCUCAUGUCCAUCAAACUUCUCAACCAGCUGUUGGAGAGACACCAAGAUCAGGUGGAGGGCUGGAAAGGCGUACUGGAGGAAACGGAAGAGAAGAUGAAAACUCUGACGGAGGAUCAAUAUGAUGUCAAAGCUACAGCACAGCAGGUCAACACAACGGUGGCGCUAAGUACUAUGUGGAUUGACGCCCUGCAGAGGAAAUCAGACGAGGAGACUCUGGUGCUCCAGAAAUUGACCAGUGACUGGCAGAACUACAGUCAAGUCCUAGGCAUGAUCAAAUCCAACAGCAGCAGCAAUACGCAAACCUUACGCUCCCUCCAAAACGGCAUCAUAGCAGACCACCAGAGAAUGGCCAUGUCCUCGGAGAUGUACUACGAUCUUAGUCAGCAGGUGAUGAACCUGCAAAUGCAACUUGACAAUGUCACAUCUUUCAUGGAUGAACAUGAGGAGAACAUGCAUGACCUGCACUACCAUUCCAGGUAUUAUGAGAACCGGACUGGAGAGCGUUUCUCGGCCUUGGAUGGUCGUCUAAACUCCAUUGAGAUGGAAAUUGACACGAUAUCCUCCAGCAUCAAUGCCACCGUCUUCCACGUCCAGAGCAUGUACAAGUACAUCAACAUCGAGAGCUCCACCUGCCAGAGUCGCCUGGGCGCACAAACCGAAGAUCUCCAGAACGUAAACAGCAGCGUGCUGUUACUUUUCAAUGUGGCCGACACAAUGAGGCAGCAGAACGUGUUGCUUAAUUCGCGCCUGGAUGUGGAUGUCAGGAACUUGUCAUUGGUGAUGGAGGAGAUGAAGUUGGUGGACACUCACCAUACACAACUGAUCAACAACUUCACUAUAUUAAGAGGUGCUCCAGGACCACCGGGGCCCAAAGGAACCCGUGGAGAGACCGGCUCAAAAGGACCUUUUGGACUGAGUGGGAGUAAAGGUGAUCGCGGCCCAAUAGGAAGCCGUGGAUCCCAAGGAGAAAAGGGGUCUUCUGGGCCUAAAGGUGCAACUGGUCAAUCCGGUCCAAGUGGCAACAGAGGACUGGUAGGCAACGCAGGACCUAAAGGAUAUCCUGGUCAAGUAGGACCACGGGGUGAGAGAGGCCAAAAGGGCGAUAUGGGCCCACUUGGUAAAACUGGAGUCCCUGGAUCAAGAGGUACACCAGGGUUCCAGGGCCAGGCAGGACUACCUGGUAUAAUUGGACCACAAGGGCCUAAAGGAAAACCAGGGCCACCCGGGCCACCUGGACCACCAGGGACUCCUGGUCCUCCAGGAGUAGCACAACAGUUCCAUGCUCAAUCUAAUACACAGCAGCAAAGUGAACCUGUUGUCGGACCCAAAAGACAAUGAGGUGGAUCAGGACUGACCUGAUCCAAACAGGACAAUAAAGGGCAUUCACAAAAAGGUAGAGAGAACUAUCUAUGGACUGAACUUCGACACUUAGAUCAGCCACCUAAUGAAUAUUUUAGAGUAGUAAUACUGAUCUAAAGGUUUUGAACUUGAAUCUACUGAGGAUGCAACCAAGCAGUCUCUUAUUAUCUACAUGCUGACACAGCAUUCUCUAAUGCUUCUUUCAUUGUAGAUAUCUAAGAUCGUUUGUCAUUUGGCAACAUUUCAGAGCCGGUACUCUGAAGACAACAUGCAUCUUCUGUGUGGAAUCAAACUGGUGAGUCUGACUGAACAAUGUCAACAUCUCGUCAUGUUCUUCUUUCCCUCGCAGUCGUCCUUUAACUAGGCUGCACAUCAAAGACAUAGAACCACAACUAGAGAAGCGUAGUAUUUUCUAAUUCAAGUGAUGGUUGUCAUGACAUGCGACUGGCUUGCAUUGAACAAUAAAAGUAGACAUUUUAA